UUUCCCCCUAAGCUCAAGCGAGCUUCUCUGGAUGAUUGAAAGGGGAAGGUACAGAAGCAGCGCCGCGAUCCAUGGUCGCUUUAUUUAUCUUCUGCUGUAUUGGCGGAUUUGGAUUUCAACUUGUUGUUUAUUCCGAUUCGUGCUAGACGGCUCGCAUCAUGAAGAUGAUAAAUUUUCCAUUCUUCUAACUAUAUGAAUCAAUCUUCCGCUCUCUCCCGUCAGCUUGACACAGCUAUCCUGAAUCAACCCUGACUUCGCGGGGCGAUACUAGAUUAUGGUACGCAAAAACAAAAGAAAUCAAAAGACUUGAUGGCUUCCUUGUCUCGGGAGCGCGGCAGGCCUGGAUAAGGACAAAGAGGCUCUUCAAGGUUUAUCUCUAUGCCCAACAUGUAUUUGCAUGUGUAACAUAGAAUCUAUUGUCGACAAGGGUACUAGCACGGCUUUGAUGUUACAUUUGUCAAAGGAGAUGAAAUCUCCUUCAAGGAGAUGAAGUCUCCUUCUUCACGCGCUGGUGUUUUGUUUGUGACACAAAGAAGUGAUCGCAGAGGGCGCUACGUUUGUUGACCAUGAGCAUGAUCGAAAUCAUGUUUGCCCCGCACUUAUAAAGCCGGUUGUAUUUUUACUUCCGGAAAAAAAAAUGCGGAAUUUUGGACGAAAAAAAGAAACAAGCAGAUGAAGGUCGUGUGAGAAUAAUUUUUCUUGCUUGUAUGAUUGAAAGAGGACCUCAUUGGAAGCUACAACUUCGCGAUCAUAU